UUUAUUUUUUGAAAGUUUUUGAAAAAUGGUCAACUCUACCGUUUUGCUCAAUAGCUCCAACAAUGUCAUCGAAUACGUGGAAUUUUUCGGACACAACAUACCGAUUCGUGACCAUUCUCAAGACAAUCUACCAUCGUGGUUCAUAUGGAUGUUGGUUUAUGGAUCGGGUAUUUGUUUUGUGAGCUGUCUGAUUUGGUUCAUCGUUUCGUUAAUGUACAUUAAAAAAGAAAAAGAGUGUACCCAUUUGACAAUGAUCGUCGUCGAAGAAGAUCCUAAAAUAUCGAAACAGGCAAAAAUGGAGAAGAAAGAUGGACCAGAGCCGCCGCCGCCGCCGCCACUCAAUGUGCCUGAACCAGCUCCACAAGUCCCAAGCCAAGCAGCUGGACCUGAUCCAUCUCGUCUGUCAAAACGAUCCUCCCGUCAAUCGGCUAAUAAACCAUCCGAAUCCGUGAAUCCUGAUGCAGACACUUUGAGAAGCUCUAGAAAAUCGGAUAAGAUGACGAACAAAAAAUCGGCGGAAUCGGUCAAUUCGGGGAAAUCGGGGAAAUCGGGGAAAUCUGGAAAAUCAAUGGAGACGUCGAAAAAAUCCGAAAAGAUAGACAAAUGAGUUCAAGCUACUAGAGGCCAAAAUGUUUGAACUGGAGAUGAAAUGAAUAAAUUAGUUCUUG